AUGAUAGUGGCCGCCAUCAGGACGCUGAAGGAGCGCAACGGUUCAUCGCUGCAGGGCCAUCAAGAAAUACCUGGCCGGCAACUACAAGGCGGAUGUGGCGAAGCUAACUCCGUUCAUCAAGAAAGCGCUGAAGAACGGUGUCGUCAAGGGCCUGUUUGUGCAAACGAAGGGCACUGGAGUUCACCGGGGAGAAGAAGAGUGGCUCGUCGGCUAAGAAAGCACCAGCAGCAGCGAAAAAGGGGUACCGCUUCCGGGGAUAAGAAAUCCAAGAAGGCAGCCGCCGAGAAGAAGCCGAAAAAGGCUACCGCUGCUGCUGGCAAGAAGAAAGCUGCCGCUGCUACACGGGGAGAAAAAUACAGCAACCGCAGCCAAAAAACCGAAAGCUGCUGCUGCUGCUGCUGCUGUGAAGAAGGUGGUGGCCAGCGAGAAGAAAACCAAGGCAGCGAGUGCCAAGGCUGCCAAGAAGACCGGGCAGUGUGA